UUGCUCCAUUCCAUUCCAUUCAACACAAAAAUAAAACCCACCCCGCUGCGUAUCUUUUACUCUUCUUCUCAGCUUUCAGAUUUCAUAUUUCUUUCUUUCUGGUUCAGAUCUCAGAUUCUGACUUUCUUCUUUUCCGUUUUCUUCCAUAAAAAUUAAAAAGGCUAUGGGCUUUAAAAGAAUCAGAGAGGACGGUGAGAUGGAGCCUUUGGAUGUCGUCAAGUGCUUGAUGCUUCUAUCCAAAGUCGGCAACAACAACAACAACAACAACAACAGCCAAAACGAUGUCGUUGUGGCCAAGAAACAGUCGUCAUCUCCGGGUCGGGUUUUCGUCUGCAAGACCUGUAACAGACAGUUCAAUUCGUUCCAAGCUUUGGGAGGACACAGAGCCAGCCACAAGAAGCCCAAGCUGAUGACCGGAGAUCAUGUCAAUGAUCAGCUGCCGAGUUCGCCGGUGAAGCCGAAGACGCACGAGUGCUCCAUAUGCGGUCUCGAGUUCGCUAUCGGACAGGCGCUGGGAGGUCACAUGAGGAGGCACAGGCAUGCCACGGAGGACGGUGGUGUUACGGAUCGGCAUCAUGAUCAGCAGCCGUCAUUGCCGGUGUUGAAAAAAUCAAGUAGUAGCAAAAGAGUCAUGUGUUUGGAUUUGGAUUUGGAUUUGAAUUUAGCACCGCCUGGUGGGAAUGACGAUUUGAAGCUGCGAUUAGUGACUCCUACGGUGGAUAGUUUUGUGUACAAAUCUUUGAAAAUAUAGGCUUUUCUUUUUUUCUCUUUUGUAUUUUAUUUUUGGAUACCGGACGACAUGUAGUUGUGAUUUUCCUAGACUGAUUUAUUUGUUAUAUUCAUGUUUAUAGAUAGAAAAAAGAUUUUUUUUUUAAUUUUUUUAAAUUUUGUGGGAGAUUAAUUAUCAUGUAUUUUUGACGUACUUAUAGUUUGGUCUUUUGUAUACG